AUGCCGAAGGCCGCGGCGUCUGUGGCCUCGAGGCCGCUCUUGGGCGCCGCGACGCGUCCUGCCAUAAAGGCGGCGCCGCUGCACCGCCAGCUGUCGCAGACGCCCUACCUGGGGCGGUUCACGCCCCAGCACCCCAGGUCGGGAUGCAGAGGUGCCUGUAGGGGUGUGUUUAGGGUGGUGGGCGCCGCCGUAGCGUCGCCCCGUGCAGGGGCUGCGGUGGCCACUCCGCCGCCAAAGGAGGCGCAUGGCUUUGAGCUCGUCUCCGACGAAUUCGUCAAGGAGUACGACUCCCAGGUGCUGACCUAUCGGCACAAGAAGACAGGUGCUGAGGUUCUGUCAUUGGUAAAUGACGAUGAGAACAAGACCUUCUCCGUGGUCUUCAGGACGCCUGUGACUGCCUCAACCGGGAUUCCCCACAUCUUGGAGCACUCUGUCUUGUGCGGCUCCAGAAAAUACCCAGUCAAGGAGCCUUUUGUGGAGCUCUUGAAAGGGUCCCUUUUCACGUUCCUGAAUGCCAUGACUGCCCCUGAUCGUACCUACUACCCGGUGGCCUCCUGUAAUCUACAGGACUAUUACAAUUUGAUGGACAUCUACCUGGACGCUGUGUUCUUCCCAAGGUGCAUCAAGGAUCCACUUGUCUUCCAGCAGGAAGGGUGGCACCAUGAGCUGGAGAAAGAGGAGGACCCUUUAACAUACAAAGGAGUGGUGUUCAAUGAGAUGAAGGGUGUCUACUCAUCCCCAGACCAGACCCAUGGCCGCCGUGUCAUGCAAGUUCUGUUCCCUGACAACAACUACCAGCAUGACUCUGGCGGUGACCCCAAAGUGAUACCAAACCUCACAUACAAGGAAUUCCAGGACUUCCAUGCCGCCUACUAUCAUCCCAGCAACUCCAGAAUCUGGUUCUCUGGCGAUGAUCCUCCCGUCGAACGCCUCAGGAUUCUGGACGAAUACCUUAGAAAGUUUGAGAGGAGGGAGGUGGACUCCUCUGUCACGCCACAGGCCCUGAUGACAGCACCCAAGCGGAUUGUUGAAAGAUUUGCAGCUGGAGAGAAAGACCAAAAGGCGUUCGUGUCGGUCAACUGGGUGCUGUCGGACUCGCUCUUUGACACGGAGACACAGAUCGCAUUCAGAGUGCUGGACUAUCUCAUGCUUGGCACUCCUGCAGCCCCAUUGUACAAAGCGCUCAUGGAUAGCGGUCUUGGGGAGGCACUCAUUGGGCAUGGGCUGGACACCGACAUGAAGCAGCCAUUCUUCUCUGUGGGGCUGAAGGGAGUUGCCACAACAGAUGGAGACAAGGUGGAGAAAGUGGUUAACGAUGAGCUUCUGAGGCUCUCCAAGGAGGGCUUCUCUGACUCGGCAGUUCAAGCUGCUCUGAACACCAUCGAGUUUUCACUUAGGGAGAACAACACUGGCAAUUUUCCAAGGGGUCUGGCGCUGAUGUUUGCAGCGGUCAAUGCAUGGAUCUACGAGAAGAAACCCACUGAAAACAUAAAGUGGCAAGAAGAUCUUGCAGCAUUCAAGAAGCGGUUGGCAACUGGGGAGAAUGUGUUUGGGCCUCUGAUCACCAAAUACCUACUAGAGAACCCCCAUAAAGUGACACUGGAGAUGCAGCCAGAUCCUCAACUUGCAGGCGAAACGGCGGAACAAGAAUUGGAGCGACUCAAGAAAGAGCGGCAGGCCAUGAGCAAGGAAGAGAUCUCGAUGACCGUGAAGAGCACCAAAGAGUUGAAGCACCACCAGCUGAUGCCAGAUCCUCCAGAAGCCCUGAAAUCCAUUCCCACUCUGAAACUGGAUGAUAUUCCCAAGGAAAUCAAGACGAUACCCACUGCUGAGCAGCAGGAGAGCAGCUCGACCAUCCUGUCACAUGAUCUGUUUACAAAUGACAUCCUGUACUUGGAGACUGUUUUGGAUAUGAGGGGCAUACCUGCACGCCUGCUGCCCCUGGUUUCCCUCUACUGCGAGUGCGUGACACAGAUGGGGACAGAAGACUACAGCUUUAUUGAACUGACUGAGCAGAUUGAUGGUAAGACAGGCGGAAUCUCUGUGUACCCAUUCGUCACGGACGUUCGUGGCCAGGAAGAGCCCGUUGCCAAAAUCAUCGUGAAGGCCAAGACCACAAAGGACAAGGUUGGCGAUCUGAUGGAUUUGCUGCAAAACGUGUUGCUCAAAGGGAAACUGGACAACCAGCAGAGGUUCAAGCAGAUGGUUCUUGAGAACAAAGCCGCAUUGGAAUCAGGCCUUGUUGACAGUGGCCACAGAUUUGCGAGCCAGCGUCUUGCUGCCCAGAGGAGCAUCGCAGGCUGGGUGUCGGAGGUCACUGGCGGCCUGUCCUACCUUGAAUACGUGAGGAGCCUGGUGGACAGGGUGGACUCUGACUGGCCAGGUGUGCAAGCCGAUCUGGAAGCAAUCCGCUCAGCGUUGCUGACCCGCAAUGGUGCCAUUAUCAACAUGACUGCUGAUGAGGACACGCUGGGGAUCACGCGGCCAUACAUGUCAGAGUUCUUGGAUGCUCUGCCAUCCGACGCAAAGGACAAGGCGGACUGGUCUGUGAUGUUACCACGAGUCAACGAGGCGAUCGUUGUGCCCACCCAGGUGAACUAUGUCGCAAAGAGCAUCAACCUGUACAAAGAUGCUGGCUACCAGCUCGAAGGAUCCUCCUUUGUAAUCGAAAAGAGCCUGUCACGGUCGUACCUGUGGGACCGUGUCCGUGUGGUGGGUGGUGCAUAUGGCGCCGCGGGCAGUUUUGACCAACACUCUGGCAACUUCACCUUCUGGUCAUACAGGGACCCCAACCUUCUGGGGACCUUAGAUGUCUAUGAUGGCACUGUAGACUUCUUGAAGAAUCUGGACCUGGACGACACUGCCCUGGCACAGGCCAUCAUUGGAGCCAUUGGAGACGUGGACUCCUACCAACUCCCUGAUGCUAAGGGGUACACCGCACUGGUGCGGCAUCUGCUGAACAUCACUGAUGCCGAGCGGCAGGAACGUCGGGACCAAAUCCUGGGCACGCAGGUAAAGGACUUCCACAAAUACGCAGAGUAUCUGGAGAGUGUCAAGGGACCCGAGGCACGGGUGGUGGCGGUCACCUCCCCUGACGCCGCCAAGGAGGUGUCAGACAAGAUGCCCAACUUCUGGGAGGUCAACAACGUACUUUAA